AACCUCAAGCCUUCUGAGGUUGGCUGGGGCGCCUGAUGCGUGUUUAGUUGAAUUUCCACAGCCUAGGUACUGCUCUACAAGUGACCCUGGACAGUAACAAAACAUACAAAAGCACGAACCCAAACCCCGCUACCAGCAUAGGUCUCAAGUUAUCGUGGAAUCAGUAAGCAAUGGCAUCUAAGAAAUUUGCUGUUAAAUGUGGGAAUUUUGCUGUCCUGGUGGAUCUUCAUGUAUCGCCACAAGGUUCCAACAAAGAUACCAGCUGGUUUUCUGAACAGAAGAAAGAGGAAGUCUGUUUAUUGUUAAAAGAAACCAUCAAUUCAAGAGUUAAGGAAUACUUGGGUGUCCGUAAACAGCGUAAGCCAUCAAACGCAGAAUUCACAAGAUCCAGUCCCCUGUCCUUAAAAGGUUAUGGCUUUCAGAUCACAGCCUACUUCCUCAAGAGAGGGAUACCCCUUCGCUGCCUCUGGGGCGCACGGAAUACUGAACUCCAGGUAUUCCCUGACAGAUUUGUGGUCUGUGUAAGUCAGCUUGCAUUCGGUCAUAAUCAUUUGGCAAGUCAGAAUGAAGAACUGACAGAAAGAGCUCUCCACGGAGUGUCUGAUUACUUUGCUGAGUGUGCAGAGAGUCCACUUCCUCCCCGUGCAAAGCUCCAGAGAAAUGUCGUGAGAGAAAUUGUGAAAAGAAGUAAAACGAAAAGCAGUAUUGUGAGCAAAUCACAGACCAGCAGAGACACUGUGGGAACAUCUAGUGACUCCGUGAUUACAGAGAUAGCAAGGAGGAGGAGUGACGGUCAGGCUUCCACCAGUCGCCUGUCAGAAUUCACAGGACAGGCGGAGGAUUACAUAAAGGCAGCUGAGAGUCACUGGGGGCUUCCUGUUCAAAAGCUGGAAAAUGUUAAUCAGCCCCAGCCAGAAGAUACUAGCAGCCAGCACAGACUUCAUCCUGGGGAGUGGCUGAAGACAGGGCUUGUAAGCAGGAGCCUUGUCUGGAGCCGUGAGUCAGCAUCACCAGGUCCAAAACAAAGUCCGCGGGCGGCCAGAACACAACAGAAACGCAGGGACUGCGGCUCUGUGGGAGACUUCGACCACCGCAAGAGAGUUUCUCUUGGAAGUGAUCAAUUAGUCCCAAGAGAAGUAAUAGUGGAAAAAUGCAAAGCUGUCAGCACUUUGCCAGCUUUAGAGUUGUCAGAUCCGGGGUUACUUUUGAAACAAGAUUUGGCAAAAACCACAUCCAAGGAGGAGUUGCGUGUUUUGGAAAACCUCUCCUCCAGACAUCUUAGGAAAAAUAACCCAGGGCAGGCCCAGCAAACCGGCUCAGCCACAGACCCUGAAAGACAACGAAGUCUGUACAACGCAGAGCAGCCUGACCAAGAAGAGAAAGAAAUAGGUAGGGGCCGCUAACGCUGAAGGGAUGCAGAGUCGGAGUCAAAGACACAGUGACCGCCGCUGUGACAGCAGGGCCUUGUGUAGAGAUGCUGGGACUUCAAAGGGAUUAAUUGGAAGGAUUAUUUUAAAUAGAAAGUAUAUAUGUGACUUAGCAGUCACCUCUGGGAGACUGCACACUUGUUCCAAAAACAUUGCUACAUGCUCAUCAUAGUUUAUAACUGUCUUCAGAAAAUUAAUUUAAUGAUAGAGAGCCAUUCGUGAGGGAGGAGACUGUGUAAGGACUGCCAAAAGAAACGGAUCACAUGCCCCUCCUUGGCACCUCAGUGUGCAGCCCACAUAAUGGGCCUCACCAAGAUGGUGCCACAGUGCUGCACUGAACUUCCAGGCAUAGGCUGGGUGCAGUGGCUCACACCUGUAAUC